CUUUGGUUUCAAGAAGAUGAUGUCCGUAUUUAUUCAUUUGUUUGGCCUCCAACAAAUAUCAACUAUGUAGUCAAGAUUUCAUUUAUAAAAUGUGAGAUCGUAUAGUGGCGGCAAAUUUUGUUUUUAUAAAUUUCUGUACCGGCACAUCAUUCUGGUACGAUAGACGUCUUAAACAAUUAGACUUGGCAUUCAGAUAUCGUCUCCCUACAACAGGAACCACCACUUCUUAGCCCACAAGGCAUUUUAAAAUACUCAAAAUGUCACAGUUACUAUCAGCUGUACGUCGAACACAGUCAAAUUAUCAAGACUUGGAUAAGUCAUCAUCAGGAGAGCCUCCUAUUAUACCUGAAGAGAUUGAAAUGACUUCUGUCUCAGUAAUACCAGAUGAUACUUUCACCGUGACACAGGCUGUGAACGCACUGGGCUUUGGGAAAUUCCAAGUUCGUCUGUCUUUGCUGACAGGCCUGUGUUGGAUGGCAGACAGCAUGGAGAUGACUAUUCUCAGUGUGCUUUCGCCAGCACUGCACUGUGAGUGGCACAUCUCACGCUACCAACAGGCUCUCACUACAACAGUGGUUUUCUUGGGGAUGAUGUUAAGUUCGACUUUUUGGGGCAAUUUGAGUGAUAGAUAUGGACGCAAAACAGCACUGACUUUGUGUGGAGCGCUGCUGUCGUGUUAUGGCCUCUUGUCCUCACAGGCACCGAACUUCCUUUGGAUGUUACUGCUGAGGGGCCUGGUUGGUUUUGCCAUAGGAUGUGUGCCACAGUCAGUGACAUUGUAUGCAGAAUUCCUACCAACAAAACAAAGGGCAAAGUGUGUUGUUCUUCUGGAUUGUUUCUGGGCAUUAGGUGCCUGCCUGGAGGUUGUCUUGGCCCUGCUGGUGAUGCCAACACUUGGUUGGCGUUGGCUGCUGGCUCUAUCUGCAGUUCCCGUAAUAGUGUUUGCCUGUGUGACUCCAUGGCUGCCAGAAAGUGCCAGGUAUCACGUUGCAAGUGGCAAACCUGAAGUGGCCCUGGCCACACUGCAGCAAAUUGCACACGAAAAUGGUCGACCCGAAUUGCCAGGACGUCUGGUGGUGGAAUCGGCAUCAUCAGCUACCAAGCGUGGUCGUGUUACUGAUCUCCUGUUGCCAGAGCUCAGGAGGACAUCAUUGCUGCUUUGGCUGAUCUGGACUGCAUGUGCCUUCUGCUACUAUGGCGUCGUCCUCAUGACAACAGAACUUUUUGAGGCUGCAGAUGGUACCUGUUCACUUGCAGCAACUGUCCUUCGUCCAGUUGACACUUGUAGUGCUGACUGUCGUGAACUUGCUGCCACUGAUUACAUGGAUCUUCUCUGGACUACACUUGCAGAGUUUCCAGGUAUAUUUGCCACUAUAUUUGUUAUUGAAAGGUUCGGUCGAAGGAACACAAUGGCUGUGCAGUUCGUGAUUUUCACCAUCUGUAUUUGCUUCCUCUUUAUUUGUACAAGCAACCGAGGGUUCCUGACAUCAGUCCUCUUUUUGGCAAGGGGCAUCAUAGCAGGAGUGUUCCAAGCUGCAUAUGUGUAUACACCAGAGGUGUAUCCAACCCCUCUCCGAGCUGUUGGUGUAGGUACCUGCAGUGCCAUGGCAAGAUUAGGGGCAAUGGUUACACCAUAUGUAGCCCAGGUCUUGAUGCAGGCAUCACUGAUACUUGCUACAGCAGUGUAUGCAGUGGCAGCCAUAAUGGCAGCCAUUGCUUGUUUUCUACUGCCAGUUGAAACUCAAGGAAAGGAGAUGAAGGAUGCUGUUGCAUCCAGACGAAAUCCUUCUCCUCGUUGAUACUGCAUAGUAAUUUAGAGUAAUUUGUUAGUUAUAGAAGUAGAUGAAAUUACAAGUCUCAUCAAAGAUAAUGUGAUACCGGGAAUUGGGAGCCCCAUAGCAAUGUUAUAUGGGGUGACACAGUAAUUAUUGUGUUGCUGCUGUAGUGGCCAAGAAAGACCAAAAAUGGGAAGCAGUGGAUCAUAAACUUGAUAUUAACAUUUCUUUAUUAUUAAGAGCUUGAGAGCAUAGUUGAUUACGCAUGAGAAAAUUAUUAUAUAUUACUUAUUGACAUGCCUGUUAUUGACUAGAGUUCAGAAGUGCUCAAACUGGAUUGAGAAUUCAUUGCAACUUUUUUUUUAAAAUAUGUUCAGAUUUUGCACAUAUAGACCAGAAACAUUUAACAAUUUCAUUGAUUCAUAAUGAUGCUGUGCCAACAACUUCAUAUUUACCACAUUUCAAUAUUCUUGAAAAAAUUUCUUAAAUCAUCCAUGGAAUGUAUCAAUGGCAUCUGUGGCAGCAAAGAAACAAGUGUAUCUUCUUUGAGUUCAGAUGCAAUAAUGACUUUCAAAAGAUUAAUUCUGAAAGUCAGUUUGCCUGUUAACAUGGCUAACAAAGUUAAAACAAUCAUAGACUUUGUAUUUUGUUAGGGACACAUAUCAAAGAUUGAAUGACCUGCCCAUGUUCCACAGUUUCAACAGACUAUGAAAGUACAUGAACGUAAUAUAUGUAUUAACCCCUCCAUGAAGAACUAGAUUGGCUGUAACACAUCAAAAUCAUUUUAUGGAAGCCAUGAAGUUGUUGUAAUAGUUAACAGUUGAAUAACAAAUGUUUCAAAAAGUAUCACUAGAUAACCUGUACUGCUGCACCCAAAUGUUAUCUCACUUCUUAUUCUCUGAAUUUUAAUCAUUGUGACAUAUGGUAGCUGUCCUCCUUGUCAUGUAGUCAUGACUUUUUCCAGUAUUAUGUGUUAGAGUAUUACAUCAUGCACACAACUGAAUACUUUACUGAUUCAGUAAGUUUAACAAAUGUUGUACUGUAAUAGAUAAUGUUGAAAUUGUGUGUACUAGCUGUACAAUAACAAUACAGAGCUCUUACUUCAGGGUGUGGAGUGAGAUGAGUCAUUUCUCAAAAAGUGUCUGAAAGAGAUUUAUUUAAUGUUGUGUAUAAAUAUAUUUUGUGCAUGUUGUUUCUCAUGUAAAUAAUUUCAGUGUAAAAUAGUUGCAUUUAUUAGGUGCACCUUACAGUUGUAUAACUGCAGCCAUUGCUGAAAUGGAAAGAAAUAAGCUCAAGGGUCUGCCCUGUAUGAUUGUAGUUUCAGUGAGUUUUGUGUUCUGCCAUAAGGGUUAUUCCUUUGUGAUUUGUGAUUCUUGCAGAUGCAACAGUCUUCGAGACAUAUUAUGAAAUGAAAUAAAGUAAAACAGUUAUUAGUCAUGGUAGUCUCUCUCUCUCUCUCUCUCUCUCUCUCUCUAGCCAAUCUACAUCUAUUCAGGAUGAGUCAGUGUACUGUGUGGGAGAAGGAUGUGUAGAAACUAGUAUCGGUUUCUCCUUCAUUUAUUCCUUUUGUUGCAAUGGUCAGAAAUUGUGACUGUUGAGGCACUUCCAUAAAAGGCUGAAUUCAAUUCUGAUCAUUAUGUGCAGUGUUUCUUUAUUUCUUUUAGAACCUUCACUCACAGUCUCUUUAAAACCUUCUGUGAUGCAAAAGGUCUUUCCUGUAAUGUUCUUUUCCAUACCACAAUCAGUACAUAUAGGCAAUUCAGAUGAGAAUUUGAUAAGCAACUGACUUCAUGGACGAAUGAUUCUUUGUUAGCCUUCCACUGAAUCUCGACAUAAUAUCUGACUAGUCCACAACCAUAUUUAUGUGGAUGUUUCAGUUUAAAUUAUUCUGGAUGCAUACCACCAAGAGAUGAAAUUUGGAAUGGGUCUCAAUGAUCAAUUGACAGUUUCUGUUUGUUGUAUAGUUAAGUGUGAUCUAAAAGUACCAAAUUACAAAUACAAAAGUAAAGUUUUACAAACAAAAAUUACAAAUCACAAAUUAAUCAACAAAUUUAAUAAAUAUCACAAAAAAUAAUGCUUUGACAUAGCAGUCCACAUUCACAGAUCUAUUUGAGUAUUUGAUGUUCUAUUUGCAGCUUCAGUCAUAGUAACAUCACUCCGUUUCCCACAUUAUCUUCUCAUAGAACACUAUUGGACAGUGUUCUCUUUGGUCUGCUCUGCUGCUAUGCAGUCACAUUCAGGACUGUUCAUGAUUCCCCAAGUUAUGUUAUGUGGCCCAAGUUCUGAUGUGACUUUUUUGUAUCCUGUUUAGGUGACGUCAAAUCUUCCUUGAUGGCUUGGAAUCUAGUAUCAGUAUGAUUGAAAGACUUCCAUCUCUCUUUUCGUGCUUCCUCCAUCAGAAAGGAUUACACUGCAAUGAUACAUUAUCUCCCCUCAGAAUAUGAGAGACUUCAGACAGGAGCAUAGAGAGUUAUCCAGUGGGCUGUGAAUUGGAAUUACUCUUCACAAUAUGAAGCUUUUUGUUUUUCAGUUGUGGGCUGAUCUCAUUUGUGGCAUGGAGCCAAGGUGUUGGUGUGGUUGUUGUUGUUGCCAUUGCUGCUGCUGUUAUUGUCUUCAGUCCAAAGACUGUUGCUUUAAUACAACUUUCCACACUUCCCUAUCCUGUGUAAGUCUCUUCAUCUCUCUGAAACUGUUGCAGCAUACAUCCAUUUGAACCUGCUUACUAUAUUAAAGUCUUGGUCUCCCCUGCAGUUUUUGCUUCUACACCUCCAUCCAUCAUCUAUUUAACAAUUUCUUGGUGUUAGCUUCGUCGUAUGAUCGCUGCCUUGAUUCCUCAGGAUGUGUGAAUUGAUUCUGUACAAGAAUGCAGAACCGAUAAAUACUUUCAUAAAAAUCUUUCUAAUACUAAAGAUUAAAUUAAGUCCAUCAAUAUUAAUUCUCUCUUCUAGGAAAACUUUUCCUGCUGUUGCCUGUCUACAAUUUAUAUUCUCUUUACUCCUGGCGUAAUUAGUUACUUUGAUAAGUGAAUAGCAAAUCUCAUCUACUACUAUAUCUGAUUUCCUAAUCUAAUUAUGACAGCACUAGCUGACAUAUUUUGCCUGCACUCCAUUUACAGCUAUAAUGAAUAUUUGAUAUGUGGUCUUAUAUUCAGUAAGCAUAUAUUUUAAAUGCAGCAUAACAAUCUGGAACUGUGUCGGGAGUUGUAGCAAGACAAUAAAUGUGGAAUCAGCAAGGCUCCCCCACCUGAAACCAAUUGGAUCUUAAGACCAAAAAGAAUAAGAUUGAUUUUGCAUGGACAGUGCUUGUGGGAUGUAUGUCGAUUCUUGGAGGUUUUCCCUUACAGAGUGAUGGACAUGUCGUGUUUUGUAAUCCUGCGACAAACUGCUGUCGGUGAUGUAUCUGUGUGACACUGUGAAACCAUCUUUCCUUCUUUAAACUAUGCCUUCUAUUAAUCAUGCAGGAUGCUCUUUUAACUCAGAUAUUUGUGACAGGCUGCUACUAGAAGAGUGCUCAUUGGUUUUGCUUAAUGUGUACAGAACCUGACAGGUACUCCAUGAAGCCCAAUAAUCUCUUCACGAAGACUUGCCUAUCUGAAAUUUUCAUAUUCCUGUGACAGUCAGAACGAGAAACUGUACUCAGUAAAGCAGUUUAGCAUUUUGCUCUUUAAUUUAUCACAGCCAGUGUUAUCAAUAAAGUGGAGGAAUAUAAUGUGACUGGCUCUACAUAAGGGAAAAACUUCUAUUGUUCAACUUAAUAUAUUUUUCAGAGCAUAAAUGCAUUUGUGUAAAAUAGUUAGAACUGCACACAAAUACUAGAAGGUGAGCUUAUGAUACUGUAAGGACUGAUUUAUCUGUUUUAGUAUUGUGAUGAGAUUUAGACAUUUGUACUACUGGUAUCCAUUAUUUUACAUAGUCUUAGACUGCCUAUGUGAAACAGAGAAAAGUAUGGAGACAGUGGCCCUACCUGUUUAGCAUUUCGGCUACAUAUCAUCUGUUGGGAAAUUUGUUAAAUUUUAUGUAUUUCCUGGCUACUGUGCUUGAUUACUGCUGCAUGUGGAGUAAAAAGUUGUGCACAGGACUUAAAAUUUGCAGCAUUCCAAAGAGAAAGAAGUUAUUUGUGUACUACGCUGUUUUGUAUACUACAGGGUAUAUGCCCCUGUUCUUCAUAAGUUACCAAUGAAAUUAUUGUGUGUGUGCAUUAUUUGUCAUGUUAACAUGUUAUAUUGGGGAAGCUUUUUAAUUAAAAUAUGCAGUAUCAGAAAAUUUUAUACCUCCCAUGGACUGUUAUGUACUAAAUCGUGAAAAAAUUCCAUUAAUCUUAUAAUAAUAGUUCUACAGUUCUUCAUUAAAUAAGUAAAAUAGUUUGUAAGAAUGUGUUAAGAGAGUUGAUUGAUAUGAGAACUGGAAGUACAGUAUUAAUCAUUAAUCGUCACUUUCGCAGCAGCUACAAAGCUGCAUUGUUUUAUAAUAUCUGAUGAGUAUUUAACUGAAUAAUCAGGUAUUGCUGUUGCUACAACUUAUUUUUAAAAUUUAUGAUACCCACUGUGCAGAAGACUUACAUGUUGACCAAAGAGUAUAUUUAAGGGAUGGUUUAUUUUUGUGUAACAUGAGUAACAUUUUUAAGCCACAGACAGAAAGCUGUAGGUUAUAAAAUGGAUCUUUUAUAUCGCUGCAGUAUAUGUGCUACUGUGAAACUUCCUGGCAGACUAAACCUGUCAGCUAUGUAGGAGCUCAGACAUGAUGGAAUCCUGCUUUAUCAAUUGAGUGAUCCAAGUAGGACUGUCAAACUACUUUCUCAGGUUUAAUUAUGCCAGUUGUUGAGUUUGUCCAUUUACUGUUCAUAGUGAUAAAUUUUGUGUUAUUUAUGGUUUCAUCCAUGUAUAUGGUUUGCAAGGCUGCCAUAACCAGAGAGAUAGUACUGGAAACUUUGAUUCAUCUGCCACUGCUACCAAUUUGGAGGAGGAUUCUAAAAUUCUUUCUAUUCAGCAGUAAAUUUCCAUUCAGCAGUAAAAUUGGUGGAAGAAAACUCCUAUUAUGCAUGUGUACUGGCCAUCUUAAAGUACAAAAUAUGAUAUUCAUAUCUGGAAAAGGAUGGAUUCCUUCACAGUGUAAAGAUGACGUGUUAAGUUGCAGACGGGCACAACAAAAAGACCGUUGCACAUUAGAGCUUUCAGUCAAAGCCAAUUUGGUGAUGCUGGUGGUAAGUGUAAAGUGUUUGUGUGUGUGUGUGUGUGUGUGUUCUGGUGUGUGUUCUGGUGUGUGUUCUGGUGUGUGUUUGCUGGUGUGUCUGUCUGUGUAUUUUCUGUGCUGAAGAAGGCUUUGGCCAAAAACCAUAAUGAGUAACAGUCUCUUUGUUGUGCCUUUCUACAACUGAGAAGGCCACUUUGUGGUGAAUAAAAAUCUGUUCUUUUCCUAAUAUUGUUGGUAUUUCAACCUGGAGUUCCCAUUAUUUGAAAUUCAUACCUGUUUGUAAGUAAUACAUUGUCACUGACUGGUUACAGCCCAUUAGUAAGCUUCCAUAUAUUCAACACAUCCACAUAAUAUUACUUAAUCUGUCAUGUGCUUGUACUACUCUGAUUGUAAAUGGUUGUUUAUAUUUGCUUAAUCCACAAAUUGCAAUAACUGUGGUAUCCCUUAUUGGUAGCAGUGCUCACCUGUGAAAUGGUACACAAUGAAAACAUGUUUUAUAUCAAACAAGUUAUGCUGAGGGAUUUUUGUACCAAUGUUGAAAUAUUUUUGUGCAUUUAAAACAGUCAGCAGCAUAUCUUUCUGCACUAACACCCCUGGGAGGAAAGAGUGCUAGUCCAGUAAGAUGUCGGGGUUCCAGGUUUGAUUUCUGGCUGGGUUGGGAAUUUUCUCUGCUCAGGGACUGUGUGUUUGUGUUGUCCUUACCAUUCCAUCAUCAUUUGUGAAAGUGGCUAGAUUAGACAGUGUACAUACUGAGAAUUUGUACAAACGCUGAUGACCGCGCAGUUGACGCCCCACAAAUGAAUCGUCAUCAUUAUUAUCCAGUAAGAUGUGCAGGAGAGAUUGUUAGGUUUGGAAACAAUGAGAGGUAACAUAGGUUCUGGCUUUGCAUCCCAGUCCAGAAAGAAAUUGUAAACUGCCAGGAAGUUCCAAUUUGUAGGUAUCUUAUUCGUAGAUUAUAGGUUUCUUUGUUUACAGAGAGAAGUGAAAUUCCAUUUUUUUUCUUUUUUUUUUUUUUUGGGGGGGGGGGGGGGCGGCCAUGGGAUAGGUAUUAUAUAAAGGUGGGUGGGAGAAAGUUUGAGACAUUUUAUCCCCAACUGUCUUCAUGGGUUUACUAAUGGGUGCCUAUGUAUAUUCCCUUUUUCCCCCCUCAUCUGGAUUUUGUAUUUAUGAAUUGUUCCUCCACCUGAGUUGUGUCCCUUCUGUAUGUCCUUACAUGUAUGCAAUUAGUAGCUCUCACCUUAUAACUCAAGCUUUCAGACAAAUCCAGAAACAAGAAUUUUGGUAAUUUUUUGUAAUUUGCUUUAUAAAAAAAUUGCCAUUUCAUUUGCAAACAGAACCACAAUCUCUUAACACAGUUGUUUAAAUUUUCAUGUCUGCUAAAUUACGAUGGAAUCUGUUAAUUCCAGAAACUGUAUAUAAUAGAAAUGUUCCUUUAAUGUUGUUGCUUAUUUUGAUAUUAUGUCUUUGUAUAAUAAUAGCACUUUGUUUUCUUUAUAAUAAUAUUUGUUUAAGAAUAUUAAACCUUUAAAUGAUAGAGUACAAAAAAGCUUCUCUUCCAUUUGUAGCUUUAACAGGACAUUAGUCCUUCUUUAGAAAAUAAAAGGUUUGUUGUACAUUGGUUUUUUAAUAAAAAUAUUUUUCAGACU